CCAGAGGUCCGAGUUGGGGGGCCCCUGAAACCAAGAGAGGAGGAGGAGAGAGGAGGUGCUGAAAGGGACUCGAUACCGCCCCCACCCCCCGAAAAAAGCCAGGAAGAAUUGCGCUCCAUCAGUGCGCCCAUGCCUGCCAGUCGGAGGAUGGGGAUUUUUUUUUCAUUCAUCCACGUCCCCUUUUUCCCCCCGCCUUCUUUCAAACAAGCCAGUCGGUCUGUCAAUGUGCUGCGAGCAUUAGGGCAAGUCAAAGCAGUGGGAUUCUGAGGCAGAGAGACGGAUGAGAUAACGAAUGAAGAAAGCGCGUCCAGCUCUUCAAACGACGCGCUGCAUCAGACAGGCUUCAAUUUCCAACACGGACUGAUGCGUGCUGCUCGAAUCUUCUUUUUUUUAAUCACUUCACAAGUUUCACGUUGGCCUUUAUGCGACAUGACCACAGCGAGGAUGCUUUUCUAGCUCUUUGGUUUUGUUUCUCUCAGUUGUCUUGGGUCGUAGCUCGAUUUGAAUCUGGGACUUAUCCACGAUUUGGAUCCUGAUUUUGUUUCUAUUUUUUAUUUUCAAGGAAUCGGUUUCCAAAGGAUUUUCGGAUUUACGAGCCGUUGUUCAACCUGAGUAUUUCACAAAGAUGAGAAUGAGGAUUGUAAUGCGCACUGACUGACUAAAGCCCACCGAGCAUCAACAUGUCUUUAUGAGGAUGGAGCUGUGGACACCAGUGACAUCUUUUCCAUUUUAAACGCUUCAGCUGGCACAGUUUUUUGGCCUGAUCUCGACUAAUUCUCUUCUAACAGACUGAUAAGAUUUCUUUUCAGCCCCUGCCUUAUAUGUUGGAAGGUGGAUCUUGUUGCGGGAAAACAAGGUAAUGGGAGAGAAAUCACACAGAGUCGGCACAGAGAACAAGGGAACAUUGUUCGGAAAAAGACAAUUAGGGCGCACCGAAAAGAAGCACACAUAGCUCCUGGGUGGCGAUAAAUGUCAGAAAAUUUCGAUUCCUUGGAGUUAUAUUUGAGUUGAGGAGCGCUGAUUCAGAAAAAAAAGGAGGACUAAUGACAAAUUAAUGGGAAAGUCAUGGGAUUGGCACUGAAAUAGUACGAUCGUGGACGCGGAGAAAAAAACGAUCGUUUCUGGAGAUCCAGGCGCGGAGGAUUGAACAAGUUUUCCCUGCAACCUUUUCGGGUCUGGUUUCGGUUUAAUUUUUACAUUUUUGGGAUCCAUGAGGUUGAAUACAACAGGCUUCCACUUCACACUUUGACUGCCUCUACCUAAAGCCUGCUCGGCUGCAGUCGCACAUAUCCAUUGUUUUUGAGAGUCUCCUUGCAUCAGCACUGAAAACACAGUAAAAGUGCCCUUUUUGUUUUUCUCUUUCAAAUGGGGCUACAUAUGCUGGGUGUCAGGGUUGAGAUGGCGUGUCAAAGAAGUGGGAAUGGAUUGUGGAUCCUUCUGGUAUUCUUACUGGAUUUACUGGGGACGACGGCCAGCAAUAUGGAGCCUAUCUACUGGAAUUCUCUGAACGAAAGAUUCAAGGACGAUAAGGGCUACGUUCUGUACCCUCAGAUCGGGGACCGGCUGGACCUCAUCUGCCCUCCGCUGGACACCGCCAGGUCCACGCCCGAGUACGAGUUCUACAAGCUGUACCUGGUGUCGACGCGGGAACAGGCGGACCGCUGCGAGGUGAUGGGUCCUCCCAACAUCGUGCUGACCUGCGAUGAGCCCAUCCGGGAGCGCCGCUUCACCAUCAAGUUCCAGGAGUUCUCGCCUAACCUCUGGGGCCACGAGUUCAAGAGCAUGCACGACUAUUACAUCAUCGCUACGUCAGAUGGGACGCGCCAAGGCCUGGAUAGCAUGAGGGGCGGAGUCUGUGCCACACAGGGCAUGAAGGUGGUGCUGAAAGUGGGGCAGAGCCAAUAUGGGCUGCCUCCGAAGAAAGAUCCGCCAGCGGGACGCACCACCAGCAGAAACCCAGGCGGCGCAGGAAACUCCACCCAGUCUCGAGGACCCAACAGCUUCGGGAGCGAGGGCACGGAUGAGAACGGGCCCCUCCAGCCCUCCAACAUUGCCCUCAUUGCCGGCGCCGCGGGAGGCUCCGCCUUCCUCCUGCUGGUGACCGCGGUGAUCUGCGUGGUGUGCUACAGGCGGAGGCACGCCAAACACUCGGACACCCACCACCCUCCUCUCUCGCUGUCCUCCCUCACCAGCCCCAAGCGGGGCGGGGGCGGCGGCAUCUCCAGCUCGAACAACAACGGCUCUGAACCCAGCGACAUCAUCAUCCCCCUGCGGACGUCGGACUCGGCCUACUGCCCGCACUACGAGAAGGUGAGCGGAGACUACGGACACCCCGUCUACAUCGUCCAGGAGAUGCCGCCACAGAGCCCGGCUAACAUCUACUACAAAGUAUGAGACGGCCCGCUGCUAUGUCCUGCUGGACACGCCCACCUCCCUUUCUCCAACCAACCCCCCCUGCUCCAUUUAAAGACACAGUACACCAUCACAGCUCCGACCUUGACCCCUCCAGUACUUAGAGUAUUGCCUCAUGGACCCCCUCCUCACUGCCCUGAGAGAUGGCCACAGGUGUGUUCUGGCUGAACAAACCGCCCUGAUCCAUUCUGACACAACCGGGCCGCCAAGUGUUUGCUAAAGGGCGACGUCGUGUUUGUACGCAGCCCUUCUUAACAAAGGCUCUAAUGAGUGGGCAAAAGCCUCUGAGUGCCCCCCCUUCUUGUCAACUCAGAGCUAAACUAGCCCCCACAAAUGCUAAAUGGAAGAGUUACCCAUAAUGCCUGUAUGUUUGUGUUUUUUCUCAAGGUAUGGACCAUGCAUUGGGACUUGAGAUGUUUUAUGGAAGAGAAAAAAGAGAUUAGAGGGACUACAAUAAAAAAAAAUAAUAAUAAAAACUACAACCCUGAUCCCACUUUGCACCUGAGAACUCUGAUUCCCAGAGGCCAUACCUGCCUAGCUCACCGCCCUGCCCCCCCUCAGAGCUCCAUCAUCAGCCAAUCAGAGAGCAGCCUCUGCCACUAAAAUCACCAAUAGGAUUCUAGUUUGUUCGUGUUUGUUUCUCCUGAGAAAAAUGGGGGGCCUCUCGGACUCAACCAAUCAGCAAGCCCCCCGGGCGGGCUGGCGGUCACAUGACCAGGCCCCCGGGGGCUGAGGAGGUCUGACCGACUGGUGACACUCAGAAUCUUGUAUAUUUUAAUAAUGUGUGUGUAUGUGAUGAGCGGGCAUAUGACUAUGGGUAAUAAUGAUGGCGCUGCUGCUGCUCCACAUUAGUCGUGUGUGUGCAGGUAGUGCGCUUCAGUAAAGCAAGUUUGCAUAUGAGUUUGCAUAUGCCUGUGUGGGGGUUUAGUCUGUGUGUGUGUGUGCGUUCGCUUUGUGUGUGUGUGUGAGUGACUGUGUGUGUGCGUGCGUUCUUUAGACUUGUCUUAAAUACCAAAACACAAAAUAGUGAGCGAAUAUCAAAAAAGUGAGAUUUUUUUAUCGCUAUCAACACUUAUAGAUUAUAUAUAUGAAUAUCCAGUAAAUCAUUUUUAGAUGUUUCUUUCUCGUUUUUCUAUUGUUUAUUAUUUCUACCCACUCUGUUAAAAUACAGUUCUGUUGCUAGACAUUUUUUAUCUGCUGUUUUUUUUUUUGGUUUUCACGACUUAGAAUGACCUUGUUUCUUUUCCUUUACCCCUCUGCGUUGUAUAUUAAUUUAAUCCCCUUUUUCAUUUUCCCAGCGAUCAGAGGUUGUGUCUCUCUUCCUCUCUUCCCUCUCUCAUUUCCUCCCCCCCCCCCCUCCCCCCACCCCUCUAGGGUCUCUGAACUCUAUGUAUAUUUUUAUAGCUCCUUGUACUAUGCUGUAGUUUUGAAGUUUAGACCUCGUUUGUGGAAGUGUUGAGGUAGAAACCAUCUAUGAAAGUUUUUUUUCUUUCAAACGCUUUUUUUUUUAAACGCAGAAGUAAAAAGAAGUGAGGGGCACGGGGGUGGGGGUUGGGGGGGGGAUGACAUUGGGGAAGAAGGGGGAUGAAAUGAAAAAAGAAGAGUAAAGUAAAAAGAGAAAGAGUGGUGUCUGGGGAGGGGGAAUAAAGCGGCGUCUGAAUGCAGAACUUUUAAAAAAAGAGAAGGAGAAAGGGAGGGAGAAAAGACUGUGAAGGAAUUGCACACUAAAAGAAAAAAGAAGCUGAGGGGAGGGGGGAAGAUGGGGAGCAGCAGGAGUGAGAGAUGAAAGCUACCGAGGAUGGAGAGAGCAGAGGAAGGAGUGGCCGGAGAAGAGGGGGAGAAACCUUUUCUUUGAACGGAGGGUCCGAAACCUCCUGAACGGAGGCAAUGGACCAACAGCCAAAACGGAUUUCUGAAGAGUUGAACUUUAACCACAGAACGGAGAGAUUUCAUCACACACUCUCUCUCUCACACACACACACACACAUCUACUGUGACUCGGUCACACUUUAUGUUGACGUGAGGUGGCGCAUUUCAGAUUUUUUCCACCAAAAUUUGUGUUGAAAUGCAUCUCUGUAUCACACAGGCACUCUCAUAGAUUCUAAAGACAUGCUCAGUACUCUUCAAGCUGCUCACACACACAGUACACUCUGUUUCUCUCUGUUUGACACGCACACACACCGCCUCCCACACACAACCUUACACACAUUUCACACCUUUUAAUGACUGUCACAAAUGCCUACUGAUUGCAUUGAGUGACAUAUAUUCUCUCUCGCUCCCCGCUUGCUCUCGCUCAGACACGUUCACUCAAACACCUUCACCCACACGCGACAAAAUAUGCCGAUUGCUUUCAUAUGACUUUUCUGUGAUUAAGACUAACCCCAUGGACAUGGGAGGGAGGAAAGAGCGUCUCCUCACACACACACACACACACACAUACACGCACACAAUCAAACAAACACGCUAGUGCCCAGCACCUCGACCUAGAGGGCAAUAACACAACGCUGUGUUCAGAGGUGCAAUAUGUUCACAUGUGCAUAUUAAAAAAAGCUGUUUUGUGUUGCUCAAACAUGUUUAUUGCUUAUGUGUAAACUGGGUGGCAGUGGAGACCUUUAAGUUUUUGUUUUUUUCCAGACUCACACACACACACACACACACUCACACACACACAUAAGGCCUCCUGUGAUGUAGCCCUGUUUUUUCUGUGUGACGCCAGUGUUAAAUCUGGACCUUACAGCAUUUCUCAACUGUGUUUUGUAUCUAACAUCUUCUAAAGAGAUCUCUUUCAUAAAGUGUCACAUUCGUCUGAUAUGACUUUGUUCAACACAUGAUGAUGAUGUUCAGAUAUGUUUUUUUGUAACAUGAAUGAGUUUGGAUUGUAUUUGACUGUAUUGGAUUUUCAAAAAUGACAUGGGAGGAAAACACCUCAAAUUUUCUUUUUUUGUACAACUACCGACUUGUGUUUUUUUUUUCCUUUAAUGUAUGCUGUUAAGUCUAUGUCUAUUUAAACAUGCUCAGAAUACCUAAAAUAUCCUCCAAGCCAAAUGAAGUGUCUGUUUUCUCUCUUCAACAACUCUGUUGUGCCCUCCAAUUCACAAUGACAGUAUUUUUUUUUUUUUUUUUUGGCACAUGGCUGCCUCCACAUGAGGGGGAGAACACGACUUCUUGGACUUAACGGUGUCUGACCGACAAAAAAGAAGCAACUGCCCCGUAUUCCGGCAAUUUUUUUUUUUCGCUCCCGCCUCCCUCUCAGCAGUAUCUCUGUUUUUUUUUGUUCCUGUAUCGUUUGAUUUCAUGUUGUCGUUAUUUCAAAGUUGUGUCUCUGGCUCUCACUGUUUGUGUUUGACUGGCCGACUCAACAUGUUGGCUUUUCUAAAAACCACGGCCGCUGGUUGUCAUGUAGAAAAAAGAGAAAGAAGAAAAAGUGCUGUUUCUAUGGAACGUGGGGGAAAGAGAGAGAAAAAAAAAGAAGCUACCGCCGAGCCCCUCCUCACCUCUCCAUUGGUGAAAGUGUGAGUGUGUGUGUACAUGUGUGUGAGUGUGUGUUCCUUUGUGCCAAUAGACAGCGAGUGGGGCGAGGUGGCUCUCCUAUGUAACGUGUUGAGACUUUGUAUUUGGGACACCUCUGUGUGAGAAGGUUUUUUUUGUGUCCUCUCCUCCUCUUCUUCUCUCCUCCUUACCCCUUGUCUACUCAUCACGGCGACCCCUGAUCCC